AUAAUAAUAAUAAUAAUAGUAGUAGUAGUAACAAAAUUUAUAAUAAUAAUUAUAUGAGUAAUAUAAUAAUUCUACAAAAUGAAGAUGAUCGAAGUAAUGAUACUUCCUUCUUACAUUUAAAUAAAUCUGAUAGUACAAAAAAUUUUGAUGAUACACAUAAUUAUAAUAAUAGAGAUUAUAAAAGCACAAGAAGUUUAACCUUUGAAAAGUUACAUAGAAAAAAUAAUUAUCUCAAAUAUAAAAAUAUUAAAGAUGAUCAUCUAUUAAAUAAUACGAAUAAUGAAGAUAAAAAACAAGAAGAAGAUGAAGAAAAUGAAUAUAACAACAAAACUAAUCCACAUAAUAAGAAUUCUUUUAUAAUAAAAGUGUCUUAUUAUAUAUCCUAUAUAUGUUCUUAUAUUUUUUCAAAUAAAUAUCAUAUGCUAUUACCUUAUUAUGAUGAUGUAUCACUAACAAAUGAAAAAAAAAAAAAAAAAGACUUUAAAUCCUUCAAACUAAAGAAUAAAUUAAGUGAACAUAAAAUUCUGGAACUUAAAAAAAAAAUCAGGAUUAAAAAAUUUGUUCAACUUACCCUUCUUUUAUUAUUAAUUAGUAUUAUUGUAUUUAUAUCUACCUAUGGAUUUUCUUACAUAUUAGAAAUAUCACAAAAAAAAUUACAAAUUAAUGCAGAAAAAAAAAUGAUGUUCAAUGAAGAAAAUAAUAAAAAUCAAGAGUUACAAGAAAUAAAAUCAUAUAUUAAUGUGAUUGAAGAUUUAAGAAAGGAAAUAGCUGAAAUGAAGGAGAUCUUAUAUGUUCAUAAUGUUAUAUUAAAUAAAAAUUUCCAUCUCAACAAUUCUUAUACUCUUUUUAAUAAUAAAAUGAAAUCAGCAAAUUCUUCAUAUAAUAAAAAAGGAUCAGAUAAUAUGGGAGCAUUAACGUCACAUUAUUAUUAUGAUGAUACGUCUUCAUCUUAUCAUGACAACAACAACAAUAAUAAUAAUAAUAGUAAUAAUGGUAAUUAUAUGGAUGAUGGAUAUAUAAAUUAUAUCCCAACUAUUACUCGGAAAGAAUAUGACGUAAAAGAAUUAUACCCUACGAAUCAAAAUUCUGAUGAAUUUACUUUAGAAAAGGAAAAAAAUUAUUAUGAUAAAAAAUUAAAUAAGGAAGAAACAAAAGAAACGAUGUCUGAUGUACAUAGCAUACCACAUAACAAUAAUAAUAAGGAAGAAAUAUAUAAUAAUAAUAAUAAUAAUAAUAUAGAAGAUAAUACACAAAUAUUAAAUUCAACCAUUUCUCAAUUAAAUGAACAGGGUAAUAUCGAAGUUGUUAAAACAAAUAAUCAAACAGUAAAUGAAAAUAUUAACAAUUAUAUAAAAAAUCAUAAACAGUCAAUAUCAAAUAAUGCAGAAUAUGCACAAGUCAGUAAUGCAACAAUAAAUGAAGAAGAUAAUAAACAUGUAGACAAUAAAAUAAUUUUAGAAAAUAUGAAUAAUAUAAAAAACAGUGGUACUGUUUCUAUGGAUAUAAAUAAUAUAUCCAAUAAUAAUUUUAUACAUAGCCACCAAAUAAAAGAUAAAUAUCUUAAUACUUCUUCAAAGCUGGAAGAUAAUGAUAAGAAUGAAAACGGGGAUAGAAAAGUGAACACCAAUAAAAUGAAUAAAAAAAAGCAAAACACAAUAUAA